GCUGCACUCAGGGAACCCCCCUCUCCUGGAGGGUCACCUGUGGGGCCAGUUGUAACCAGUUCCCUUAUCGGAGCCGGGGGACAGGGCUCCGGCUCCUGCGGGGAUCUGGCAGGAGGCAGCUGAGCUCCCUCCGGGCAGAGAGUGGGGAUAUAAGGGGAAGCAUCCGUAGGCAAAGCAAAAACACGGGGCAAGCUGGGGUAGGGUAGGGUGGAAUAGGAUAAGGAUAGGAUAGGAUAGGAUAGGAUAGGAUAGGAUAGGAUAGGAUAGGAUAGGAUAGGAUAGGAUAGGAUAGGAUAGGACAGGACAGGACAGGACAGGAUGCAGCUGCCGGCUGUGUGCUGCAGGGCCUGGCUGCUGCUGCUCGUCCUGCCCUGGGCCGGGGCUGAGGCAGCCGGUGGCGAGCACGAUGCGGAGCUGCGCUCCCUGCAGGACCUCCUGGAGGCGCUGGGGCAGCUGCGGGAGGAGGAAGGAGGGCCGGCUCUGGAGGACGAGCCAGAGGCUGGAGCUGAGGACGGCGGCCCCGAGUGGGACCUGCCGGGGACCCCCCUCCCGGCCCCCAGCCCAACCGAGCAGGCGGAGGGGCAGAGCUGGUGGAGGAGCCUCCUCUCCUCCUCCCGACGGAGGCACUUCUCCGGCUGCUUUGGGACGAGGAUGGAGAGGAUCGGCGCGCAGACGGGGCUGGGAUGCAACCACUACAGAGCCCGUUUCUGGAGGAGAGGGAGAAGCUGAAGCCGGGACCGGCAUCCUCGAGCCUCCGGGCCGGCGUCCAGCCGCCGGGCAGCCACGCUCCCCCCGGAGCCUCCGCGGGGCUGGGGAACGCAGCAAUAAACCUUUUAUACAAA